AUGGAGGAAGACAUCAAGGUGUUCAAAGAGGCCGGGGCCGACGGCGUCGUCUUUGGUCUCCUUGAAAGGAGCGGCAAAGUGGAUCUAGAGCGCACCGAGAGACUCGCGAAGGUGGCCCAUCCGAUGCAAGGUCCGCACAACCCGACUUCGAUGAUGGGCCGUCUCUGA